AUGAGUGCAUUUAUGAUGCAGCAAACAAACAGGAAAACCACAGUUACUUGUCUUCCAUUGAAAGCCAUGCAGAUGACGGGGGAAGACACAACAUCUGUAUGUUUUGGCUGCAGUAAACAUAUUACUGACCCAUAUAUUCUAAGAGUCUAUCCCAACUUGGAGUGGCAUGCAGCCUGCCUCAAGUGUGUUGAGUGCAACCAAUAUCUCAAUGAAACCUGCACCUGCUUCUUUAGAGAAGGAAAGACUUACUGCAAGACUGACUAUUUCAAAAAAUUUUCUGUGAGGUGCACUCAGUGUCAAGCUGGAUUGCUACCUUCAGAUCUAGUUUUCCGAAUUCGAGGCCUCAUCUACCACCAACAAUGUUUCCGUUGUGUAGCCUGCAAUCGACGACUUCUACCUGGAGAAGAGUGUAGACUGCAAUUUGAUGGACCCUAUUGCAUUGAGGAUGGCUGGCUUCCAGAUCCCAGCUUGAUUCAACAGGAUCCUGUGAGAGCCGUACGAGAUGAUGGAAGCCUGUAUCUAUCAGGUCAGUUGAUGUUUGCCUGCCCGCCAGUCCUGCGGGCACCAACCCACUCAGAUAAGAUAACCCGUGUGCGGACGGUACUGAAUGAGCAGCAGCUGCUCACAUUACGGACCUGCUAUGCUGCAAACCCCCGACCGGAUGCACUCAUGAAGCAACAGCUGAUGGAGAUGACAGGGCUCAGCUCAAGGGUUAUCAGGGUCUGGUUUCAAAAUAAACGGUGCAAAGACAAAAAAAAGAGCACAAUACCGAAGCACAUGGACCAGUGUGAUAGGAAUAAAACAGAUAUUCAGGGGUUAGUUGGAACUCUGAUGAUCGCUACCAGUCCAUUACCACCGAAAGUCGAUUUGCAGUGCAGCUCUGUUGAGGUGCAGAGAUACUGGCCACCAUGGGAAGACCUUAGUGACCUGACACUACAGGUUUUUCUGGAAGAAGAUCACGCUACAUUUGCAGUAGUAGUGUUGAAGUAUCAUCUCUUAGUACUCAACCUUCUGACACAACAAACAGUGAAGAAUCUCAACCAUCAGACCUCUGAUAUCGCCUAUUUCCAGCCAUAUGUCAACUCAUCACUGAAAGAACAACUGGAUGGACUUCAAAUUUGA